GCCGCCCCCUCCCCCCUCCCCUUUCCCUUUCGAUGAAACCCUAGUGCCCAAAUGCCAAACCUGAGACUGACUCUGAGAGUUUGAGUGGAAACCUCCCUAACCCAGCCAGUCUCUGUGCUCUCUCCGUCUCUAGCUCGGCAGUUGGCACUCACCCUCACCUCGUGAUUCUCUCGUCUCUCCCUUCACCUCGACAGUCGUCAUUCUCAGUCUCUCACGGCCUCACCUCGUCCCCUCACCUCGAGUGGUGGUGGUGGUCAUCGUCUUCUUGCUUCUCACGGUCUCUGACUCGCACCUGGUCUCGAUCUCUCCCUUCCCUGCGCUCUUCGUCGCCGGUAGCAGAGGCAACAGAUCCCGGUGGACUGGUAUUCGUUAUCGUCUUCUUACUUCGAGCCUUGCCGUCAGCUUCUCCCUCGCCAUCAGCUUCUCCUUAGCCGUCAACUUCCUUCGUGCAACCCGAUUUGAAUUGGACUCCUUAUCAACUGGUGUAGGAAGCAAAUCGAAGCCAUGUACCAAGUUUUUUAGCAUCUCCCAGGAAUUAUAUCCUGUCUGGAUGUCUUCUCUGAGUAAAACCUCUUUCGGCAAGUCCUCAAUAUCCAAACCCAAGCUCUAACCUCUAUUCUCUACUUCCAAGACACUGAUUUAAGCAUCAGGAUCCGGUUUUAAGAGCAAACCCACCUGUAAAAAUCAGUUCUUUCUUCCCAUGAAUUCUGUUUCUGUAGGUUCCUUCCACCCCAUAACCCCACCACUAUGCAAAUUCCACCAAAACCUUCAAUUGAAGCACCAACAUGUUUAUCUCUGUGGCAGUGCUUUCAAAUUUUCAUCAAAUUCCCUAAAAUCAAAACCCAUUAAGCCUAUUUCGACUUUGCUGCAAGCCACUGAGUCAGACACAGAUGCCCAAGUUUCAAUCCCUGAGGGUUCUGCAUCCGUUGUUUACAUUGAAGAAGUUGUUGAAAAGGACUGGUCUAUACUUGAUUCUGUUGAGUCAAAUUCUAAUGUAGAAUUCAAGAGAAGCAUUGAACGAAUUGUAUCUGCUGGGAAUGUUGAAGAGGGUUCAAGGGUCUUAGUCUUAACUGGGUCUGAAGAGUUUGUGGAUACAUUGGUGGGUUUGUGUAAGUCUCUUUUUGUGGUGCACGAUUCACUUCUGAUAUUGGCUCUUAUUAAAGAGAAAUAUGAUAAGGUUAAGUGUUGGCAAGGAGAGAUUGUGUAUGUUCCAGAGAAAUGGGCUCCUCUUGAUGUUGUUUUUCUCUAUUUUCUUCCUGCUUUGCCCUUCAAACUUGAUGAGAUUUUGGGGUCUUUGGCUAAGAAAUGUUCACCUGGUGGACGGGUGAUUAUCAGUCAUCCGCAAGGGAGACUAGUGUUAGAACAGCAACGAAAGCAGUAUCCGGAAGUUGUAGUUUCAGACCUACCUGAUAGGACAAGUUUACAAAUUGUUGCAGAUGCUCAUUCUUUUGAUUUGGCUGAAUUUGUAGAUGAACCUGGCUUUUAUUUGGCUGUUCUAAUUGCCCAGGAGCUUAAAAACUAGAGUAGAGAUUCAUAGCAGUAGACAAUUUAGUUGGACUUUCUUUUUUAUGGUUUUUGGCUUUAUGAUUGUUACCUUUAAAUUUUUGGAUGAAAAGUGAGACUAUAAAUCAAUUCAAUGUUGCUGGUACAAGAGGCUUCUCUUUCUUUUCUAAAAUACAUUGUCCAUAAUUUUGGAAUUGUAUACUUAUAUAUUUGUGCUUGUAAGUAACUUUGGUUUAGCACCUGCCCACUGCUGCAUAUACUUGUACAUUGUCCGCCGGCGCCAUUACCACUUCCGUGUCCGUUGCAGUAGAGAGCUUCUGGAUCGAGCCACCUAUCUUAUCAACAUGUUUUCAGAUCUGUCUCUCUAUACUGUCGUUGCUGUCACUGUUGCCACCGCAGUUUCCGCCGCCGUUGUCGCCACAGUUUUUGACGUCGAUGCCGCCGUAGUUGAAGUGGUACAACGCAUUUUCAAAUCUGUUCACUCCCGAGCUUCUUCUUCAACGCCGCUUUCUCUCACUCCAAUUUCUUCUUUGAACUGCCGCUGGUGGAAGUUGUUGGAGGAGUAAGAAUUGGAAUUGUUUGACUAACAACAAAGAUUGUUGCAAACUUGAUUGUGAUGGGAGGGAGCAUCUUGGCAAGAGCAGUUGUUUAGGCAUAUCGCCAAGCACUUACUAGUAUGUUUUAUAAGUUCGUGAUUGAUAGAUUUGUCACUUGUGUGAACAGCAUAUCUGCAUUUAGUUUACCAUUCAAUUCCUGUAAUCCUGUGAUUUUGUCAUAUUCUUUAUUUAUAAAUAUUGUUGGUUCCCCUUAUAUUUACCAUAUGCUAAUAUUGCUCAAUUAUCACCCAGCAGAGAAAUUAUUUUAUCAUUCAAUUGUUACUCAUUCAGUUUCUAACUAGCAUUUAAGGGGUACUGAUUGGUGUGGGAUGAUUUAUAGCUGUGAUACCUCCCCUAUGAGCUUUAGUGGCUAUAUUGGAGCAGAUUUCAUAUGGGAAGACAGCCGCUAAUAAUAAUAGCAGAGGCAGAGCUUUGUACUGAAGUUGGAAUUGUUAUCAGAGUUACUUGUAUACUCAAAACAUGAAGUGCCUGUUUGGUUCAUGUCUUCAGCUGGAGAAAAUGUGAAUUCCCACUCAAUUUUACACAAAGAUCUUCUCACGUAGAUUUUCACCUGUGUCCGGGAAAUCAUGCUUCUCUAUGUCAAUUGUAAACCAAAAGCAUUUGGUUGGGUUUCUUCUGUUUCUGGGAUUGAAGUAGGUAUUGAUUUUUCUUUCACCAGUUUUUUGCUAUUGCUUUUGAACAAGCAUUUGUUGAGGAGCUUUGCAUGAAAAAUAAGGAAAAUCGAAGCAAGCAAACCAUUCCUCACACUUGUGGAUCUAAAUCCAACUCUCGGAGGCGACAUGAGAUGUACCUGGAAACAGGAAAGAAGCCUAGUAGAAGAAUGAUGUACAUUGAAACACAUAAGAGAAAGGAUGGGUCUUUUAUAAAUAACGAGGCAUUAACUAUAGUGGAACAAAUUGAGCUGAAUAUGACACAGUCAAAUGCACAAUAUUGAAAGCGAGCUACUACUCUCUUUGAUGCUAGGAGAUCAGUUGGUAAUAGCAACAGACACCCGAGGACAAAUAUUUCAGACUUUUAUGUAAUAGAUGAUA